CACAGAACCGAAGGAGAACACGAUCCGUUUCCACAAAGUUGGCAUUGCACGAUACCCCUGCUUUACUCACCCCAUUGCUCCUAAAAACAACACGUAAGGAUGGUUUAAACCUGUUAUUGUCCCUGAUGCCCCUCAUCUGGUGAUACUCAAAGGUGAACAACUACAACUUAGUUGUUAUGUGGGAGAGGGAAACACGGGUGGGGUGCGAUGGCUGCGAGAUAAAGGCCGGAGGAUUGAAGGAGAACGCGAGGAAGACGGAGCCAGCGUCAUCUCCCUCACCUCCACACAGAUGCAGCAUAUGGGUCGCUAUACAUGCGAAAACACAAACACAAGCGCGAAAACCUCCAUCUACAUCUACGUGAAAGACUUAGAAAAUGCAUUUGUGCGCUCCAUGUUGAAUGGCCUUCUGGCGAAGGAAGGAGAGAACUGCACCCUUCCGUGUUUGGUAACAGAUCCAGCUGUCAGUCAACUGUCUCUGCAGACCUGCGCUGGCUCCGCCCUCCCAGAUGGACUCACCUACACCACGCAUCCUCAGAGAGGCAUCACCAUCAGAAACGUCUCCAAGGCUUUCGAGGGGUGCUACGUUUGUGCAGGGGAGAUGGAUGAAGUACCCGUGAGGUCAAGCGAGUAUAACCUGGACGUUCGGCUAGUUCCAGAGACGGUGCCAGUACUCAGCCUAUCCAGAUCAGAAAAUGAAAUACGGAUUCAGGAUCAGGAGUUUGAACUUACCUGUACUACAAGCAACAUCAACCAUGAUUUUCACCUGAGCUGGAGCCUCCCCACUAAAGCGGUAGCAAAGCAGAUCCACAACUCUCACAUCCUGAUUGGUUCUCGAGGAUAUAAGCGAUCGAUAACAGUUUGGAUCCAAUCUGUGAAAAUGAGCGACUCUGGAGUUUACCGAUGCCUGGCGCAAAAUGAGAAGGGCGUCUCCACGGCAACGGUCAAUUUGGAGGUUUAUGAACACGGGUUCAUUAACCUCACAGAGGGAGAGGACCAUGUGGUGAAAGUGAGAGAAGGAGAGAGUCUGACUCUGAGCGUGGAGAUGACAUCAUACCCCAAACCCAGUGAUGUCAACUGGACCUAUAACAACCAACAGCUCAAAAAUACAUCCGAGCACGUCAUUACGCUACACAACCAGCAGUACAGGUACACCAGCGAACUGAGACUGGUUAGAGUUCAUGGAUCAGAGGGUGGGAUCUACACGUUCUCGGCCAGUCACAACUAUACAUCUGUCAAUAAGUCAUUCACUGUCCACGUUAUAUGUAAACCUGUAAUUGUUUACCAGGAGGGGCCGGUUGAUGGACAGGUGAGGUGCGUGGCUUCCGGAUAUCCUGUCCCUAAAAUAUCUUGGUAUUACUGCGAGCCUCCACUUACACGGUGCUCCCACCUGCUGAAUUCAACACAGGCAGAUGAGGAGGUUGCUGUAGUAACCGUGUCCGGGUCCGAGUUCGGACGGAGCGAGGUGGAAAGCCGACUUAAUAUCAGUAAAGGAAAAUAUCACACUCUUGAGUGUGUGGCGUCCACACAGGGCGAACAGGCCUACACCUUAUUUUCCAUCAGCGAAAGAACUGUGCCCCAUAAACUCUUCACACCUCUGCUGUCUGGUGUUGUCUCCACUUCUGUUCUGCUCAGCCUCAUUCUUGUGGUUCUGCUUUACAAAUACAUGCAGAAACCAAAAUAUGAGAUCCACUGGAAGGUGAUAGACAGUUUUGAUGGGAACAAUUACACCUACAUAGACCCUACACAGCUGCCGUAUGACCCUAAAUGGGAGUUUCCAAGAGAAAGACUGCGUUUUGGGAAAAUUCUCGGCUCUGGAGCUUUUGGUAAAGUGGUGGCAGCUACAGCAUAUGGACUCUGCUCAGCAGACACAGUGACCACCGUUGCUGUUAAAAUGUUAAAACCGAGCGCUCAUUCCACUGAGAAGGAGGCUCUUAUGUCUGAGCUGAAGGUUUUGAGUUACCUUGGUAGCCACAUGAACAUUGUCAACCUGCUUGGAGCCUGUACAGUAGGAGGCCCCACUUUAGUGAUCACAGAGUACUGUUGCUAUGGUGAUCUUUUAAACUUCCUUAGGAGAAAGAGGGAUGCAUUUUUUAGUUCCAAAACCGGAGACGGAUACUACAAAAAUUUGCUCAGCCAAACACAGCCUUCAAGUGAAGGGAAUGAAAAUGGAUACAUGCCCAUGAGGUCCUAUCAGAAGAGAUCAAAUCAGACAGAAUGGUGUGAUGAUAAAGAUGAUCUCUCUUUGGAUACUGAGGAUCUGCUCAGCUUCUCAUAUCAAGUUGCUAAAGGCAUGGACUUCCUAACCUCCAAAAAUUGUGUCCAUAGAGAUCUGGCAGCCAGGAACGUUUUGCUGACUCAGGGUCGACUUGCAAAGAUAUGUGAUUUCGGUCUGGCACGUGACAUCACUCGAGAUUCCAACUAUGUCCUGAGAGGAAAUGCACGUCUCCCAGUGAAAUGGAUGUCUCCAGAGAGUCUUUUUGCUUGCGUGUACACGUUCGAAAGUGACGUCUGGUCCUACGGCAUCUUACUUUGGGAGAUCUUCUCUCUGGGUAACACACCAUAUCCUGGGAUUCAAGUUGGAUCUACUUUCUAUAAGAUGAUACAAGAUGGAUACCGAAUGAGCGAGCCUGAGUUUGCCCCAAGUGAAAUUUAUGAGGUGAUGAGAUGGUGUUGGAGUGUCGACCCUCUGAAGCGACCGACCUUCAAGAAGCUGGUGGAACGAACUGAACUUCUGCUGUCAGAAACCACCAAACAUGAUUAUCUGAAUCUAAGUACUAGUGGCAGCUGUGAGGCAUUUGUUCCUCCCAACCUGCAGAGGGCGCAGCGUCUGAGUUCCAUAGGCAGCUCUACAGCCUCGACUCAACCUCUACUGCAGGCCACCAAUGACGUUUUUUUGGAACCCCAGCUUGUAUAAUUAAGAUCACAACAGCACAUAUUUUGUUUUGCCUCAAAUUCGUAGUUUUCUCACAGGUUUGACCUGAAGAAAGCCAAUGGCCUUAUCUUUCAUUUAAGUUUUGUCAUUUUUGGUUUUUUUAUUGUGGCUUGGAGUGUUUAGUUUUUCGCAACUUAACUCGUUCAGUAUGUUUAAAAGAGUGUUAGCUCAGCAAGUCCUCAACUUAACUCCUAGUAGUUGUUAAAGUGCGUUCCUCUAAAUUGGGUUCUCAGCUUUUCGUUUUCGGUCAUCAAACUUUUCAGGUUCUAAAUUUCUUGCGAUUUUCCAUUUCAACCAUAUUACAGUAUUAAGAUACACACUGAUCACAUGGAGCAGAUCUAAUUUAUUCUUAAGAUUAAAAAUGCAUUUUACAGCAUCUCGCGCAUAAGGGCCACAUUUUUAAGAUGUCUUGUUGAGUUAAACCAAAGUCCCUUUGGAGAAGUCACGCCACCAGGCGGCCAUCUUUGCAAUGCCUCUGGGCAGUUCAUGCAAGACUAAAGUCCCAUUUGUUUGAAUGGGGAAAGACAGAUAUCUCUAAAAGUGUGGGCUAAAGUCACAAUUAACAACAUAUUUCCAACCAACAAUUAAACCUGACAUCAACUGUCCCCAACUUUUGUUUCUCAAGCUCAAAGUUCCCUUGAAAAUAGUAGUUUUAGCAAAUCAUGCACAGGUUGACAAACGCCUCACGCGAGUCUGUACAGAUUGAUAAUUGGUUCAUGUAACUGGAAGGCGGGACUUCCAUCUCCGGAGCGGCCACAAUGAGUGUUGCACUGUCCCCUAUUCAUAGUACACUGCAAAAAAUAACUUAGUAUUUUUGUCUUGUUUCCAGUAGAAAUACUUAAUUUAAGAUGAUGAGCAAAAUGACCUAAAUAAGUCUAGUUUUUAGACAAAAAAUAUACAAUAUAAGUGAAUUUGUGGAUAAAACAAGCAAAAAAAAAACUGCCAAUGGGGUAAGCAAAAAAAUCUUGUACAUUUUUCUUGUAUCUUGAAAUAAGUUAACUUUUUUCUUAAACAUUUAAUUCAAAAAAAAUUCUCACCCUACUGCAUAUAUUUUUGCUUGUUUUAAGUACAUAUUUACUUAAAUUGUAAAUUUUUGUCUAAAAGUCAUUUUUUGCUAAAUAUCUAAAAAUUCUUAAAUUAAGAUGCUUUUUCUUGAUGAACAAAAUGACCCAAGAAAAUAAGUCUAGUUUUUAGACCAAAAAUAUACAAUAUAAGUGAAUUUGUGGAUAAAACAAGCAAAAAAAAAAACUGCCAAUGGGGUAAGCAAAAAAAUCUUGUACAUUUUUCUUAAACAAUAAAUUUAAGAAUAAUUUUUUUUUUUAAAUUAUUGGCACAUUGGCAGAUUUCUUUGCUUUUAAUGCACAAAAUCACUUACAUUUGAUAUUUUUGGUCUAAAAACUAGACCUAUUUUCUUGGGUCGUUUUGCUCAUCCAAAAUUUAAGAAUUUUUAGAUAUUUUUACUGAAAACAAGACAAAAAUACUAAGUAAGAAAGCAAUUUUGCAGUGUAUAUCCGAUUAUAUAUCCCUAACGUAACAAGGGCAAAAGCAAAUUGUGGUACGAAUUAAUAUGAAUUAGCCACCUCGUAAAAUACAUAUGAAGGGCCAUGAGAUAUUGUUGGUCUGUCACAUUGUUGCCUACAGUGUACUAAAUAUUUUAAGCCAAGAAAGCUGCCUAUUUAUAUACAGUUCUAACUAUAAGUUUAUGCUCAAAAACUUAGGUCAUGAAUAAGAUUAAAACCCUGUGCUGCACCACCUGUGACUAAAUACAGCUGUGCUCUAUUGCAUUGUAAUGAUUUACGUAGAUUAACAGCAACCAUGGCAUUAUUGUGACAGGCAGUGAGGCUGUUAACAUGAACCAGACAAGCAUUUAAAUAUAUGACCUUAUCAAAUAACUAACUCUAAUGAUGACCUCAUAAGGAUUGGUGUGUCAUUUUUGGCCGUUAUUCUUGACUGCUUGCAGGUGCUUCAUUAGACUGCACACUAACAUAGGUCAGUGUUAAAGAUUUUGAUCUCUGCUUGAACACGUCAAUAUCUUAAGCACUUAAGCAAGUAAUGACAGUUAUCAGCUAUCUUCAGCAUGUGUAAUUAUUACUCCCUCGAUGGCUGUUAGAAUGCAUUAUUGAUUCGAAUGCUAGAUUGGAUCAUUCUGGAAUUUCCACCUCAGCUACCUACUAUCUUUGGAUUUGUUUACAAUAUUUUUUUUGUAUUUAUGAGUUUGACAUUGAAUUUUAAAUACUGCAUAUGUAUAUACAUAAAGACAUCAAGAAGAGGUUUGUUGCUAUGUAAAACUGAGAAUAAUGUUUGGAUUGCACAUCAGCGUUUGAUGAACUAACUUACACUGGGUACUAGUCUUUGACUAAGGUGGCUAGCUGAAGUUUCGGGAUUGGGCAUAAGCAAUUUUUCAAAGUUAGCUUGGUAUGGCUUUUUCAACUUGGCAGACUGACUAUUCUAGUAGAUAUCCUAGGUCUAUACCAAGUUAUUCCAGCUAAGCUGGAUAUAUCCACUAAUAUAACUUAUCAACAUAAGCCACAUUCAAAGAAUGGGACCUGAUCUCUACAGGUAAUCAUAUGAAAUGUUUUUGAAUGUUUACUGUGACAAAUGACUUGAAAUGAGAUUUUAGAUUUGACUUUGUAAAUAUCUGAUGUGUUAUUUUUUCAACUUUUAGAGGGUAAUUUCUGAAGGAAAGGGGUCGGAAGGGAAUGAUGUAACCGUUUUGAUAUAGAUUGAAUGAAAAA